GAGCUGCUCAGUGCAGCAGCUGCAGCCGCCCAGCUCCACCUCAGAGCCUCCAUCACCACACACAGUCUGGAGGAGAUGCACCGCUCACUGCUGCCCCUGCUGGUCAGCCUGAGUCCUGCUAUUCUGUUCCUGUUGCCUGGCAUCAUUGUGACACAGGAAGGACUCUGGGAGGACUACAAAUAUGGCCACGGUGACCUGGACAACCACAAUUUCUGCACCUGGAAGUGCCUCAUGUUCACGCUGCAAUGGCCGGGCACGUUUUGUCAGUCUCUGAACAACGUGAGUCUCUGCAGGAUUCCUCCAACCGUCAACAACUGGACCAUCCACGGCCUUUGGCCCCUCCACGCUAAGAACCGCUGCGACUGCUGGCCGAUGUUCCCCUCUGACGUCCAGGAGCUGAAGGCGGAGCUGACUGAACUCUGGCCGUCAUUUGUGAGAUUCAAGUCCAACUUCCACUUCUGGAGGGACGAGUGGAGGAAACACGGAGCGAGCGCGGCGUGCGUGGAAGGAAUGAACUCUCCGCUCAGAUACUUCCAGGUCUGCGUCAAACUGCGAGCACGGUUCGACAUCCACAGCCUGCUGGAGGACGCCGGCAUCACUCCGUCCUGUGAGCGACCCUACAAGGUGGAGGAGGUGCAAAGCGUCCUGGCUCCACACGUGGGGGACAAACUGGAGAUCCAGUGCAUCACGGAUGAGCAGGACAGAGAGCUGUGGUUUCAGCUGAAGAUCCGCCUGAAUCGGAACCUCACCGUAGGCUGCGAUCUUUGCACCGAUGCUGAAGACGCCGACUCACGGCCAGUACCCUCCCCAGGGCACCCCUGUCCUGACCGGGUGCCCUUCUACUAUUUCCCCAUAAACCACGAGCGGCCACAGCGGCCCUGCGGCUAACGCCACCGCCAUCACAGGUGGAGCCUGAGUAGCAGCAGGUUUACCCCAGAUACUGCAAGAAGUGUCUGAAGAGCUUAAAUGUGAAAAAUAAAAACCAUCAAUAAAGUGAUUUUUACAGA